UGUUUUACCGGCAGUAGCCAGUAAAACAACGCUCCUUUGUCGGUCACACUCACUUCAUCCUUAACACUCUCUUUCGUUCUUCCAGAAUCAUACUGUUUUUGGCUCGUUUUCACUUCAACGAUCACAGAUCCUCCUCAUCUUUCUCUCAAGAUAUGAAGGGUGCAAAAGGUAAAGGUGCAACAAAAAGAGACGCAUUGAAGCCUGUUGAUGACAAAAAGGUAGGGAAGAAAAAGGCUGUAGGAAAAGGCAAGGCUAAAGGAGGGAAAGCAGAAAAAGAUCCAAAUAAACCAAAAAGGCCUCCAAGUGCUUUCUUUGUUUUCCUUGAGGAGUUCAGGGUGACAUUCAAGAAAGAAAACCCCAACAUAAAGGCUGUUUCAGCUGUUGGGAAAGCUGGUGGAGAGAAAUGGAAAUCUAUGAGUGCAUCUGAAAAAGCUCCAUUUGAAGCUAAAGCUGCAAAAAGAAAAUCUGAGUAUGAAAAACAGAUGAAUGCGUACAACAAUAAACAGGACGAUGAUGCUGAUGAGGAAUCUGACAAGUCAAAGUCUGAAGUAGAUGAGGAAAGUGGACAGGAAAAUGCUGAUGUUGAUGAUGAUGAAGAUGAUGAUGAAGAUGAUGAUUGAAAUUUGUAAUACAUGAAAAACUUGUGUGUUUUUAUUUCAGUCUUCUUUUGCAAAUGUAACCCUCAAAACUUUUUCCCUCUUCAGCCUAAUGUAAACUCUUAACUAAGUUCUUGCAAUGCUAGUUUAACUUAAAAUUAA